GCAUUCAUCAACAAGCAAACUGCAAAAUUUUUAAAAGCAAAAAAACUCGACGAUGGAUCGCAACAAACCGAGCUCCAGCGCUCGGUCAACGAAGAAGCAAAUCGGUUUGCCCCAGAGCGAGCUCUUUGCCUUGGGUUCCAAAUCCGGUCCCAGCUCCCGAGAUGAUUCCAAAAACAAACCCGGCGUGAGCGGAGGACCGGAACGCAAGCGGGAUGCUGCGGCCCUGGCCAGUGCCGUGGCCGCAAAGAAAAUCAAACUUUCGGCGACGGGUGGUUCCGGGUCGGUGGGCUCGUCUCUGCCGGGAACGAGUAAGCCGUCUUCCGGUGGGGACAGUUCCAGUUCCAGCAGUGUGCUUGAGUACUGGGAACAGAUGGCCCUGGAUUGCGAAUCGGUGGAUUUGGUUUCGUCGGUGCUCGGGGCCAUCGAUCAGCAGGACAGCGACAGCGUGGUUGGAUAUGUUUGCGGGGCGAUUAAGUUGCUGAUUUCGCCGAAGGCCAAGUCGGAAUCGGUGCUCUCGUUGUCGCUGCUUUAUCUGGCCAAAAUCCGGCCCCAUCUGUUUUGUAACGAGACGAUAACGUCAGCUUUGAUUGCCGUUCUGAAGCGGGAUACUCAGAAUUCGUUCAAGGGCCGAAACAAUCCGACGGUUCACAUUCUGGCGUGCAAUCUGUUGGCCAGGGGUUACAGCGAUAAGAAGCAGUGGCCGGAAAGUUUGAUCCGGACGUACGUCGAAGAUGCGAUCAAUGAUCGAGUGUGGGUUGACUACGAGGAGUGUGCACCGUUCACUGAUAACUGCGUGGCUGCGCUGGGAACAAAGAUUCCACCGAAAUGGAUGCUGCAACCGGAGCUUAGUGCCCUGAAUCCAAAUGCUAGGGAGAACCCCGCCCUCGACGAUGAACACUCAACGGACAGCGGCAUGUUCGGGGAUUCGUUGGGUAAGGAUCCGGACGCAAAUCCGCCUCGCUUUGCACACAUCCAAGAACAGGUGGAGAAAUUGGUGGUGGAAGCGGCCAAAGAUCAACUGAAUCGACGACAAGCACCGGACUGCUCUACCAGAAACUUUUUGAAAUUCCUAUCUCUGGGAAGUGGUAUACCGGAAGUCCGGGCGUUGGCUAUUCCCCGAUUAGAACUUUGGAUCCAUAACGGUAAGCUGAUGAAACCGGCUCAAGAGCUGCUAACUUUCAUUUGCUACAACGUGACUGGACAGAAUCCGAAGGACCACGAGGUCCUAUCCAAUUUGGUGAAGAUGCGACUGAAGACCAAACCACUGAUCAAUAUAUUCAUGACGUGCCUGAAGGAGAUGAUCAACUGUCAGUCGGAAAUAUUGGCCAUCAUGCUGAAGUACGUGGUCCAAAACGAGCUCUCCAAUGCCCGCAAUCCAAACAACAUGGGCAUGCUGGCCACUAUGUUCCAGGCCAAGCCAACCGAAUCCGCAACCCAUCUGGCGGAGAUCUAUCAGGAAUGUUUACUACAAAGGGAAGAUGUCCUGAGAACUCUCCGGGUGUUCCUCCGCGAAUUGGUCAAAAUGCUACGAUACGACAUCAACUUGAUGGUGUUUUCCAAAGCACUUCUGACCAAUCGUUCCGAUUUGAAGUCACAAGUGAUGAGUUCGGAGUUUCGCGAUCGCAUCUUCCAUUCCGUCGUUGAUUUGGUAUGCCUUUGCAUGUUCCUCUCGGUUUCUCCACAAAUUAGAGAGGCAAAUGCGUCUAUUCGGAGCGGAAGGGAACCAAAGAGCUCUCCAGCAUUGACCACUUUCUACCAACAGAUGUCCACGAUUCAAUUCGAUACCCUCACGUGGAUGCACGAAGUGGUUCCAAUCGUCUACAUGCCAUCACCGAACGAUUUCAAAAUGGCAUUCCACAAAAUGCUGUUUCUGGAUUCGCCCGAAGCGUACGCCAAAGGCGAUCAAUGGCCACCCGAACCGGAACGUGCUCCCAUGUUGAGAAUCGUCUCAGAAAUUCCACUCCAGCAGAACUCGAUGCUUCGUAUCAUCCUUAUUGGCAUUACCAAGGAGAUCCCUUUCACCAUCCCCGAUACGAUGGAAAUCAUAGAACAGUUGGUUCGACGCGCCGGAUCCCUCCGUCACGUCGAUUACCCACCGCUGGAUGUGGCCAACUUAGAAAUUAUCGACCUGUUGUUCAAAAUGUCCGAGUACCAUCACCCGGACAACAUCGUCCUUCCAUCCAACUACGAACCACCGAAUCUUGCUAUCUCAUCGCUCUAUUGGAAAACCUGGAUCAUUCUGUUGCUCAUUUCCGCCCACAAUCCCUCCAUUUUCGGAUCAUUCUGCUGGGAGCAAUACCCAAUGCUGCGCACCCUGAUGGAGAUGUGCAUCACCAACCAGAUAGGACCGACUAAGCCGUCCGACGAGGAACUCCAGGUUGCAGCAGCCGAAAAGAGCCAAAUCCUUGAAUUCGAAAACCACCUCGCUUCCAACAUCAUCAACGAGCAGAACAGUCUUCUCCUGUCCCAGCUGAUCCUGAUGGACCCACGAGGGGUGGCACGACGUCCUCCGAAUCACGUCCUGGAGCAGAUCCAAUCAUUGAACGUUACCCACCGAUUGGGUCACUUGCUGUGCCGCAGUCGGAAGCCCGAUCUCCUGCUAGAGAUCAUUCAACGCCAGGGCACUUCCCAAGCCAUGCCCUGGUUGGCCGAUCUCGUCCAGAACAGCGAUGGCGAUUUCAACCACCUACCGGUGCAGUGUUUGUGCGAGUUUUUGCUCUCCAACUCGAGUACGGUCAUUGUGGAGAACAGUCGCGAGGCAGAACUGCUGGUUUAUCUGCAAAAGGUGGUUCAGGACGAAACUGGCGAUCAUCAAAUGAUUUGCGAGAUAAUGGAGUACUUUUUCCGGCGGUUGUCGUCCUUUUCGAACCAUUCGCGUCAGUCGGCUAUUCGCGGGUUGAAGCUGCUGUUGAAGGUAUUCCAAGAGGAGAACGACCCCGUGCCGAUCGAGAGCAACAACUCCGAUUGGUUGCUGCGCUAUCUGCCGACCAUUCCGCACUUCGCCUACGUGCGUCCCAAUGUGGUUGUCCAGUUGCGGGCCGCCUGUCAAGUUGAAAAUUCUCCCGAGCUGGUCAUGGUCUACAUCCAGUUUAUUGCUGCGCACACAUCAAUGGACUCCGAGGCCGACAUGCUGGAACACGUUAUGGACAUGUCCCAUCUGAUUGUCGAACGGAGUACCAUCUUCUCGCACAUCAUUCCAACGGAAACGGAUCAGAGCGAGGCACGUGUUCAAACGCUCAACUGUCUGUUCGUGAUGUUCAACAAUUUCCUGAUCAAAUUAAGAGAGUACAAGAUCACGCAAGCCUUCGCGGAGUAUCAAGACCUAUUGGUGGUGCAGUUUGCCGAUGAGAGUCAGUGCCACAUUCAUCUGAACAUCAUUCAAGCAUUCGUGAUACUUUUGACUCACUCGACCUAUAUUCCAAUGGCUGCACAAAUAUUGGACUAUUGGUUCCCGGAAGGUGCUCCUCCACCACAAGCAUUCAACAUUGAAACUUCCGAACCGGUACAAAUCUUACCGGAUUGGCUCAAAUUGAAGAUGAUUCGCAGCAAUGUAGAUCGCUUAGUUGACGCAGCCCUAUUGGGAUUAACUCCUGAUCAGAUUGUUCUUUUCGUGCAGAACUUCGGCACUCCAAUCAACUCAAUGUCCAAAUUGCUGGCCCUGUUGGAUCGCGCUGUGAUCGAACAAUUUGAGGCGGUAAACAACGCUAUUCUACACAAAACGUAUCUCACGCAGUUGGUGGAAAUUCAGCAAGCGAGAGGUGCCAAGAAUGGUCAUAUUUCCAUACAAGCUCUAGAGCUGGAUGAUCAACCGAUCGGAGAUCCUCCUAUGAUGAACGUAACGGUCAUGCAACCACUGCAGAUCGAUUUAAGCGAUGAUAGCAGAAUAAGGACGAUCUCCGAGCAGAGUAAACCGGCCUCCAAGACUAAGGAAAUCGAAGAAGCUGUGGAGAUUAUAUUGACUCAUCCGGUGAUCAGUAAACCGAAUAUGCCCAAAUAUCGAAAACUGAUCCAACGCUUGAACAGUGGAGGAAAAUCUUCCAAAUCGCAAGAAUACACCGCUAACAAGGUGUUGAGCUAUUUGGGACGGUUGAUAAAGAGUGCCCAGGGGCAAUAUUUGAUCAAGAAUUGGAUUCAGAAUCCGCAGAUGUGCUGCUUCUUCCGUUCCCUGCUGGCAAUUCCCCCGGAAAAGUUUGAGAACCUCAACUAUUUGCUUCACAUACUGGACGAAAUAAUCAAGUACAUGAAUCCGACCUCGAACACGGUUUUGUUACAGAUUCUAGUCGGCAAACGACAGCAGUUGGUGAAGGUUGCCCAAAAAGACAACCUACAAAGUCAGGGACAGUCGCAAAGUCUGCUUCAGGUUCUCACAACCAACAAAGCUUCCGAAGUGGAACGCAAGGGUAAGCUACAGCUACGGCAAACCAGUACCGACGACAUGAUCAAUGUGAUCUCCACCCUGCUGAAAAAUGGACAAGAAAUCAAGAUGGAAAUACUGGAGUUGCAGUUUGAUAAGCGUGGUCUUCUGGUGGACUGGUUGGCAGACGCGGAUUCCGAGUUGGUGCACGUCAAUAAGGAAAUACAGAUGGAUAUGUUGUUCAAUCGUAGCCUGGGAGAAUUUCGACCUUACCUACUUUCGUUGAUGAGUCAUCAGGCAAGUUGGUCUACACUUCAUGAGACGGUGGAUGUACUGAUGGAGAAGUACAACGCAAAUUACGAUCCUUGCUCUGUGCUGGACUUCAUCAAUACGCUUACUAGAAACCCUAAGCUGUGGCAAGGAAGGGACAAGGCCGUCCCGAAGCACGAACAAAUAGAAUAUAUCGUCACACUGAAUGGAAAGCAAAUUAAAACCUUUAUUGAUUACAUCCUAGCAGAGUCGAAUGCCGAGAAAAUGUGCGAUCGAGUGAAACUUCUGCUCCAAUGCGUGGACUGUAAGUUUGAUUACCUCGAAGAAAUGGUCGAGUAUGCAGUAAGCAAGAAGCAUCAAUCGUCAAAAAUGUUUCUACAACAGCUCUACUUGAACAUUCCGCCGAUGAAAUUCUUGAUGCCUCAUGUUGAAAACGUUUAUGAUGCCGACGUACGCAACGCCACUGGAUGCGUUGGAGACAAGUUCACGUACUACAUUCUAACCACGAUCGCUUGCCUAACAGCUCCAAGAGAUUUCCAGCAAAUGUCGGCGGAGAUGGAACUGAUUGUCCGGAAACUCGCAGCUUCCCAUCCAGUUCUAUUGCUUCGUCAGAUGUCCGUUCUGGCUACCUUGCUCCAGGGACGUGCUCACAUGGACUUAUCUGUAUUGAGAGCAGAGUACCAUUUCCAUCUUUUCCAUCAAGUCAUGGGAAUACUUGAACUGCUUCAACCACUUGUUUUCGAAGACAGUUACAAAACCGGUCUCCAGAAUGCAUUGGAUUGCUACUUUGCUCUUUUGCGAAAUCACGGCAACGUUAAGGAAACCUAUACACUUAUCUAUCGCUUUAUGGAGUUCCUUCAUGCUUACAUUGGGGCUAAUCCCAAAAUGGCAAUCAGUUUCAUUCAAAACUAUUCGGAUCUUCUGAACGACCUAGCUCGUCAACAUUAUGAUCUUCAAUCGCUACAGCAGCUUGUCCAAGGUCUGUCCAUGUUCAAGCAACGCACACCUUCAACUCCGGCUGCUAUCAAAUCUGAACCAGAGGAACCUACUCCAGGAACGUCCAAGGAUGUGAAACCUCCUGCUACUUUGGACUCCGCACAACAAGCCACAGCCGCCAUAAUGAUGUCCACUUACGUGAAGAAUGAAGUCCUGCCGCAGCACUGGCAAGAACUCACCCACGCAAUCAGAUCCCGAGAAAUCGACGAUAUUUCUACGCCGCUGCUGGAAGUGGACGCACUCACGGUCAAGCGCCCAAAUCUCCUAGAAGACAUCAUCGACGAGAUCAUUCGAUUCUUGACGCAUUCAUCGGGCUCUAUCCGCCAAACCGCGCACGGAUUGGUAACGCGUUGGCUCAAGCAAAACCCGGGCAAUUUCUCCACCAACAGCACGGCGUUGACGGCUUUCGUCCAGUGUCUCUACCACGAGGACGUGGCCGUCGUGCAGAGCGCCCUGGACAAGACGACCGAGUAUGCGCUGUGCUUGCAGGAGUACGCACCGCAAAUUCUGAUGACGAUGUUCAACUUGGGCAUUUGCAACAAGAUCAAUACGUACACGACGAUUCGGCGAUGCGUUCAGGCGAUCAAGAAACAACAUGCGUGCUGAACAGAGCUCGUAAGUAUGUUUCAAUACAUUUUAAGUCCAUGUAUGUCCCAUUGAAUUCAUAAAGCAAAUAAAUGUAUCUUCUACGUAGGUUUCA